UGCCAUCCACAUAUUCAAACAACGUUCUAAUGCUCUUGUAUAAGCCGCGUCCUGAGCGCUACCGAGCUUCAGGACGUCAUGGGUAAUCGCACGAGCACGGAGAUGGUAAAGAAAAAGUGCCGCUCGUCGUCGAUGACGGCAAAAACGACUCACAAACUCAUCAACAACAACACGAGUUUCAUCUCGAACAAGGAGCAGACGCUCUCGAGACUCAGUUCGGGCUCGAAGACCGGCUGGCCGUUGCCACAACGCGAAGGUGUCUUUCUGCCGGAGUAUCCAGCCAAACCCGCGCUCGACUUCAACGACUUCAGGGUAUUGGGACACAUCGGACGAGGAGCAUUCGGUCAUGUGCUGAAAGUCCAGCGAAAGACAACUGGUCAAGUGUACGCGAUGAAGGUUCUCGACAAACUUGAAAUAUUCCGACAAAAGGCCGUGCAGCAGUGCAAAGACGAGAUUAAGAUACAGUCGUCGUUGAAUUGUGCGUUCAUCGUUCAUGCAAGAUACGCCUGGCAGACGAAAAGACACCUUUAUAUCAUUUUGGACUAUUCGGAGAGAGGCGAUUUGUUUGCUGUGUGGACGAGACUAAAGCGGUUCAACGAGGAUACGGUUCGACAGUACAUUGCCGAGAUGGCUGUUGCUCUGGACUUCCUGCAUCGAUCAGGUGUGAUCUACAGAGACUUGAAGCUCGAGAACGUUCUGCUAGACACUGAUGGUCACAUUAAGCUCACCGAUUUCGGUCUCUCGAAGUGGCUCAACCAAGGCACAACAACGCGGACAAUUUGUGGGACAAUCCAAUACAUGGCUCCAGAGAUUCUGAAGAAUGAGUCGUAUACACAUGCUGUAGACUGGUGGUCACUUGGAGUUCUAAUGUAUGCCAUGUUAGUAGGAGAGUAUCCAUUCAAUGCAACACAAAGUCAUCGAGCCAUGUAUGAAGCAAUAUUGUCCAACACUUGUAUCUUUCCUCUUUUCGUUAGUCAAGAUGCCAUAUUUGUCAUGAAACGGCUACUUCACUGUGAUCCCAAGAGGAGGUUAUCCUCUGUUGAUCGAUUACGAGUUGAGCCAUUUUUUGUUGGUGUUGCAUUUGAUGAUCUUUUACAUAGAGCUAAAACGAAGAUGCAAUACUCACCCACAUGGUCAGGGCAGGAGGGAAAGAGGAAAACUUUUGUAAAGAAAACUGUAGAUGACCAGAAGAAAGUUAGCAGUAGAGACAAGAAGGAAAAACAUAGUGAGAAAGAGAAAGAGAAAAAGAAGCAUUCUAAAUUACAGUCGAAGUUGAAAGGAAAGGAACCUGCAAAAACUUCAGACAAGCCAUCUGCCCCUGAGAGAAUGAAGUAUAAGCCUCGUCACUGGGGUAGCGGACUAACUAUGAACUCAACAAUAGAUUUACGAUCAACUCAGGUGCCUAGAAAAAGACUACCAACGGGAACUGGUUUGGCAACAGACACAGCAGAGCCAGAUGUAAGGGGAAGAUUAAGACAGCAUGGUUGUCCUUCAGUUCCAAACUGUAAAGAAGACGAAUAUUCACUUUGUUCCAGUCGCACACUCCCUCUGCAUCCGUACCACAACAUGCACGUUCAGUAUCAUCACCAGGGACACCACACGGACAACCAUUCAACCAGAGCUGGCUCAGUUGCAGGAUCAAUCAGCAGCUCCAUGCAUCCUGGAAGGUACAGACAACAACUUCGUUAUCAUCGUCGUUCUGGUUGGCGUGGUCCUGGUAGACCAUCCAGACAGUCGGGCGAAUGGGGUGACAGUAGUUCAUCAUCAGAUGGUGAGGUAGAGUGGAAAGGGUUUGGAGUUUUAUAGUCAGUGAUACAUGUACAGUGACACGAUACAGAAUUCUAUGGUUGUUUUCUAGACAGUAGAAGCACUAUGCAGUUUUUAUUUUUUCAGAAGUGCUGUUAUAUAAUGUUUGAGUUAUCACAGAUUUGUAAGUAAAUAAAUUAAUAAUAAAUAAGAGGUAAGAUGUGUGCAGAAAUU